AGUAGGACGUUGAAGUUUGAUUGUGUGCGUACUAUACGCUAGUGAUUUGAUGGCCCACAAACAAUUUUAUGCAAAACGAUUAACAAUUUGAUUUGUGUAUUAAAUAUACAUUCAUUUUACUAAAAUCCAUCAAAGGGUUCCAUUUAGUUUUAGUUGAACAUAUAAUUCUGGAAGAACAUUUCAUUAACGCGCUAUUAUGUGAGCUAACAACUGUAGCUUCUUACUGUCUAAACAAACAGCUGUACUUGUGUGCCUACACACUUGUUGCACCUACUUUCAAAGACAGAAUUUUACCUAGUACCUGAGAAAGUGAAACUGUUAUUAUAAACAAAUAGUGUUUAAUUAUAGUGAAAUUCGUUUAAUUUACAGUUAAUAUGUGUAUUAACGUGAGGAAACCCGACUUUAAAUCGUUAUCGUAAAAGUUCGUUACGAUGCACCUGCAGAUCGCUGCAUUUAAUUGAUUGCAUCUUAUAAAUAGAGCACACAAUGGUGUGAGCGUAAUCCUGUUAUUUUUCAACCAAGUGCCAUCAACAUAGGUGAAACAACACGAGCGAACAAGUCUGAAGGAAUCAAGCCAAAAAUGAGUCAUAUGCGGUCGCUGGCAUGUUGAUGUUUUGUUUUUUACGAAAUACCAGAUCGAUGAGUAAAAUCAUGAAUACAAAGACCACGGCUGUAUAGAUAAGUCAUAUGAUGUCUUCUGAAAAAUGUUUUAAAUUUGGAAUACCAAGAAAAACGUGUUGUUUUGGAGGGUUUUUAUUUUAAAAUUUUGUGUAAAAUGUCAUAAGGUUGCUUUAAAAAUGGCACAAAGCUCAGUGGAUUCAGACAGAUUGUCUUCAGCUGGAAUUUCGACACAUAGUUCUGGUACUGCUGGAAAUGUAGGAGGUUCAGUAGUGGGCGUGAGAGCUGGAGAACCAGGCCAGAAAAGACAGGAUGAAGAUGACUAUGAUUUGGGACCCCUGCCUCCGAUGUGGGAAAAAGCAUUCACACCUGCUGGUGAAGUUUAUUUUAUUGAUAACAACACUGGUACUUCGCACUGGCUUGAUCCAAGACUCGCAAGGGUCCGUAAACACUCUCUAGGGGAAUGUGGUGAAGACGAGCUGCCAUAUGGCUGGGAAAGAGUGACAGACGAACGUUAUGGUUCAUACUAUGUUGACCAUAUUAAUAGAAGGACCCAGUAUGAGAACCCUGUACUCCAAGCAAGAAGAUUAAGAGCGGAGAAACUUGCUGCCGAGAACACCACUAACGGUCAGUCCAACGGCCCGACCCCCGGGGGAGAGUUGCGCGGGAACAGAUUAACAGUAAACCUCACUAAAGGACCACAGGGUCUCGGUUUCACGUUGAUCGGCGCCGAGGGUAUACCGGAAACUGAAGGAUACCUCCAGAUACGCAGCAUAGUCCCGCACAGUCCUGCCUGGAUUGACGGCGAACUAAGACCCGGUGACGUCGUGGUUGGUGUAGGCAAUCGCGGCGUGCGCGGCCUCACGCACGAGUUGGUCGCGCAGAUAUUCCAGUCCAUCACGCCGGGGACCGAAGUCAGCCUGCACCUAGUCAGAGGCUACCCUCUGACGUUCGAUUCGGAAGAUCCGAACACUCGGGUGUUGAGCACUUUAGCAGUGGACGCCACGGCGCCGCCCUCGUCCGACGCUGUGGCGAUGCAACAGUUAACUAGGGCCUUGAGAACUAGAUUCAAUUUAGAUUCUCCGAAUCACGAGACGGGGGCGCAGUCCCGCGACGAGCCGGACAGCUCGCCGGGCGCCGCGCACAGCCCGCGCCGCCUGCUGUCCCGCUCCUUCGACCUCGACGAGCUGGGCGGGGCCGACGCCGCCGCGCCCCCCCGCUGCCCCUCCGCAGACCAUCUGCUGUCCCUCGCUAACGAGGUGCGCGCUGCGGACGGCGAGCCCGGGCGGGAGAUGCGGGUGAGGCUGCGCCGCGGGGCCGCCGGCUUCGGCUUCACCAUCGCCGACAGCGUGCACGGACAGAAAGUUAAGAAGGUGUUGGACCGCAGCCGCUGCGCCGGGCUGCGCGAGGGCGACUUACUGCUGCAGAUAGGAGACGCGGACGUGCGGCACGCCUCGCACCAACACGUCGUGCAAGUGCUGAAGGACUGCCCCGCGCUGCACGAGACGUCGCUGCGGGUGUGGCGCCGAGGCGGGGGGGGCCGCGCGCCCCGCAGCCGCUCCGCCACCCGCCCGCACCCCGCGCCCGCGGCGUCGGGCGGAAGCCAGCUCGGCCGCAGCAAGACCCCGACGGCGGAGCAGCUGCGGUCCCCGGGCGCACCCGCGUCCCAGCGCGACGGACUCGACGGCGCCAUGAACUCCGUGGAGGCGACGUACGCGGUACCAGAGCACAAGGGUCGGGACCGCGAGAGCCUGAUGGACCGCCGCCGCCGGAGCAGCACCCCAGGCGGUCGUCUCACUCUCCCGACGGUGACGCCGUGGACGGAAAACGCGUGGCACGAGAGAGACAACUGGCUGGACAACGGCAACGUGCAGAACUGGAACGGAGCGCCCUGGGAGGGAGGGGACGCCUGGAACGGGAACUGGGGGGAGGUCCCCACCCCCACCGUGCACGUCGACGUGAACGCGCCCUACUGGAGGGGAAACGCCAGUCUAGCCGACAGUAGCGAUAAUGGAGGUUUCCCAGAAGACGGGAUGCUACACUCACCAACCACAGCUGCUAUCGGCGGUCUGACCACGCACAGACAGUCACCGUCCGCCAACAGAUUGAGGCCGCAUUCACCGGCCAACUCCACUGGUCGUCUGCGCAGCCACUCGCCGUCCAACAACAGCGCGACGGAACGGCUCCUGGCCAAUUCGCCUUCGACCAGACUGCGGAGUCAGUCUCCGUCAAACAACUCUUCCAAUAGUCGAGUAAAGGGAUCGCCUCUGAGGUUACGUGAAUCUUCGCCGCCGAGACACAUGCACUCGCCGUUGAGACAGUCGCCAUCUUGUUACGACGCCGACUCAUUGGCUCAGUCCAAUACCGUCUACGUGCCGAACUACCCGCAGGUCGAAGCCGGUGGCACGACGGACCCUGAGGCAGACGUACUGGUGCGGCUGGGGCGCGGAGCCGCGGGGUUCGGGUUCAGGAUCGUGGGCGGCACCGAAGACGGGAGCAGAGUGGCUGUCGGUUACGUCGUGCCGGGCGGGCCGGCGGAGGGGCUGGUCCGCGCGGGGGACCUGCUGACGUCAGUGGACGGCGUGCCCGUGACGGGCGCCACGCACCAGCGCGCCGUGGCGCUCGUGUGCCGCGCCGCGCACCGCGGACACGUGACGCUAGGGGUGCGACACAACCGGGCGGACAUACAGGCGAUGGGCGUGCCGGCGAUGGUGGCGCCGCACACCCUACUCAACUCGGACGCGGCGCCGCACCCCGCGCCCGCGGCGUCCUACAGCAUACUGCACCCCGCGCCCCUCUACCCGCCCGCGGCCCACCAAAUGUACGGAGGCGUGCAGUACGACGCCACGCCCGCCAGCUGGGCCGGCGUGCCCUAUGACGUCACGGUGACGCGCAGCGACGGCGAGGGCUUCGGGUUCGUCGUCAUAUCGUCGACCAACAAGGCCACGAGCACCAUAGGUCAACUAAUCCCGAACUCUCCGGCGGCGCGCUGCGGGCUGCUGCACGUGGGGGACACCAUCGUGGCCAUCAACCACGCGCCCGUCCGCAACCUCUCCCACCCCGAGGUGGUGGCGCUCAUCAAGCGCUCCGGCACCACCGUCACGCUCACCGUGCUGCCGCCGGAGACCAGGCUCGACUGACGAAGGCUCUACUGGAGCUUCGAAGGCACAUACUAGUGCUGUCCACAGUCGAUAAAAAAAAUAUCGAUACUUUAACUUUCGAUAAAUACGCUCGGGAUAGUGAUAUCCAAUCUACGAUGUUAUUAUCGUCGCAUUUUUUAUUAGACGAAGUAAAUUGACGUUUACUGUGUUGUCAGUUUUUGAUGAAAUAAGCUGUAGAAAUAAGUGACAUUAGCUACUGUCAGUUGGAUUCGUCUAAUUAAAAAUACGACUAUAGAUAAAAACGACUGUGACAGAGAAGUGAAGUCUUCGGCUAAAUGAAAUUAUUUAUCUUCAGUCUAUAUUUAUUAGACGUUCUAGAAUCGAGCGUGAGGAUUCGUGAGCAAACUUUGCAAACGGAUAAGCUCGGUGGCUAGUUUUAUAAAACGAAUUGAAAAACAGCUUUAACCCUGCGGCAGCUGCGUAGAUAAUAAUUAGUGCUAAUAAAAACUAUCGAUUUCUUCCGAGUACAGUAAACGACCCGUCCUUUGAAAAAAAAAAAAAGCAUUACGUAUUGUUGCUCUUUUUCUUCGUUUUUAACUUUAAUAUUACGAAGUAAUAUAUAGAUAUUUUUUUAGAUUAGAAAUGGAUUUACAAUUUAUUAAGAAAUAAAGAUUAAUAAUAAUUUGAAUUCGAAAUCAUUGUUAUCAAUAGGUAAGUCAGUAGGUAAAAUUUAUUCUUCAAAUACAAACACACGUUGAAUAAUUAUAAACAAAAAAAUGGUUAGCAUAAUAAUAAUGUAAUAGUUGUAAAUAAUGGAAAAUAAAAGGAGUAUCCUUCUUGGCGCUGCCAUAACUUCACGUAAUAGUGGCAUUCAUCACGUGUAGUGAUGUCCAUGGACCGCAGUAAAGCAUCGGACAUGGAUCAACGAGGAGAGCUUUGUAAUAAAUUAAUUUAAAUGUGUUUUGGUGACUGGUGACUUAAACGUGUCUUAGUACUACGCUUUGGAAAUUAUAAUUCGUUAUACUCAAUAAUAAAAUUGUAGAUUUCUUUAAAUUCUAUGUGUAUACGGAUGAACGAGUUCACGGCCCGACUGGUGUGAAGUGGUUGCCGGAGCCCAUGGACAACAAUACGUGGAUGUCGUCACCCAGCCUGGGACAUGAGGAUAAAUUGCAAAACACCCGUCCCGCCCUCCAAAUUGGAGCGUACACACUUGUCCGGGUCACAGUACGUCUUCCAUUGCGGUAAUUUAAAAUUUUUUUAGGUCAUCGUUACGCGAUGUUGAUCUUCCAUCGUGAAAAUUAUCCAAUGAACGCGAUUUGAGUACAUAAUAGAAUAAUUAGAGAAAAAAAUAAAGGCCAGUGGGAUUCGAACCCCGGCACAGUCGCAUCGUUCGAUGCGAACGCACCAGGCGUCUUAUCAUUUAGGCCACGACGACGUUGUUAUAGUGGAAACAAAAAAAUCUUAGUAGGGUUUUGAUUAGUACGACAAAUGUACUGAUACAGUAACUAAAGUCGCAUAGCGGUUUACGGUCAGAACCAAAAGCGAUAUGACCUAAAUAAAAAAUAAUAACAAAGCGGAAACUUAAUAGUUUGUAAGGUGAAAUAUUUAGUUAGACCACCGAAUUCAGAGGAUAUUUUGAUACUAAAUUAAAAAUAAACUUAGUUAAUGAAUAUAAACAAAAAAAAUUUUUUUUUAAAUAAUUCUUAUCGUAGAAUGAGUGAAUAGUGGAAAUGUUAGUUAAUAUAAUUAAAGUACAGAUUAUAGGGGAGAAAAAAAAUGAGGAAAUUUUUGCUAAUCUGAAAUACACAAACCGAAGUCGACUUGAGACUUGUAAUGGAAUUAUUUCAUUUAGUAAUAAUAAUAAAAAAUCAUUAAAAAAAAGUGUAAAAUUUUAUAGUUUAUUUAAUGCACUUUUUGUAAAGUAAUUACCUAAAUAUUACACUGUUGUGUGACGAAACAUAGAUAUAUACAUAUUUUUUUUUAUUUGAAUAAAUGUCUUCUAAAAAACAAUAAGAUGUUGAAGUUUAUUAUCAUAGUGAGAUAUAAACAUUGUUAUAUAAAAGUGAAGACUACUAUAUGUAUGUAUAUAGCCAUUACAUUUACAAGUAAUUUCGAAUUAAAAUUUUGACCCAUCAUGAAUUUAAAAUGUUAAAAAAAUUAAAACGUUAAAACUACAUUUUUGAAGUACUUUUACCUGAUAUUAAACAUAUAAUGAAGUUUAAUUAAACCUAAAAAUUCAGAGCCUUCAUUACAAAAUCAACUCUGCUAUCGGUAUGAUAGUGCAGGACUAAAAACAGAAUUACCAGACGGAUACCCACCCAUUCUAGAAAAACUAAAAGUGGACAAAUUAAUUCUGCAACAAAAUAAUACUUAUACACACCAUAGUGAUCAUAACUCUCUUUAUUUUUAACUUUGUGUAGUCUGCGGUACAAAUUUUUCAAAGGAGUGUCAAUUCAAAAGCAACUUUAAUUAUAUUAAAGUACUGCUUACGUAUACUAUAAGAUGGGGGAACGAAAUAUACAAACUAACAGAUUUUUGUAAUUAAAUUAGGUUGUAGUAGUUACACAAUCACACAGGUGUGGUCACACGAAAUUUUCAGAAUUUCCAUGAAAAUUAUGGACGCCCUAUCCAAUUCGAGCAAAAAAUAAGAGCGAAAUCUUCGAACAAUUAAUCAAUCCAUACGAUAAAUCAAUAUUUUGUAUGGCUAAUGAGAUAAUAUUCGCAGACAACAUCUUCAGAUGGCAAAUAGAAUGUAGGAGUGUUGAAUAAUUUGUAUGUUGCAGGAAAAAAUAAAUGCAUGAUUUUAUUUAUCAAUACGUUGACAUUUUGAACAUAUAACGGUAUAAUAUCAAACCCGUGAGCGCCAAUAGUCUGAAUUUAUACGAAGACCCACACAUUCCAGCGAUACCCAACCUGGGGUACGCGAACCCCAGUGGUCGGGGUCUCAUUGGGGACACGUGAAAUGUAUAUUGGUAAUAGCGGAAAUACCAAGAAGUUAAAACAGUUGACUUAUAAAUACAUUAUUAAAAUGUAUUAUGUCUACAUUCCAAUGAAGCUUAAAACUAAUAACUUAAUAGAAGCCGACCGACCGAUAGAAACGAGACGCAUUUUUAGGUAUCAGGGGAGGGCCAUUCAUUAAUGAAAAGUUUUAUUAAGGGUAACGUCUACAGUAACGGAGAAAAGUUUGAGAAACACUGGUCUGAACGAAUUUCAUAGAGAUUCAUACAAAUCCGUAAGGUAGCUUGCCGUCUAAAAAGUCUUACCAGAUAAAAUAUAUUAUUAAUACAUAUAUGUACAUCAUAUAAAAAUGUUAUUGAUUAUUAUACCAUAAAUGUUAUUAACUAUAAGCAAUUUACCAAGUGCCUUUUGUAACCGUCGUCUUGCCUCGUCAGAUUUUGUAAAAAACAAAAAUAAAUAUAUUUUAAUAUUUAAAAUGGAAAUGUAUCCAAAGAUGAAGCUCAAUUAAUAUCAGCACGAAAAAAAAUUUUUUUUUCACUCUUUAUUUUAUGCAUUAAAUUAGAUUUUUAAGAACUAUAUUUUUUUUAAAUGUCUUAAGGUAUCAUAAUUAAAUUGUUAAAAUAUAAUGACAUGAAAUUCGAUUCCAUUUGUUUAUUUAAGACUGAAUACCUUUUAUUUUACUUUUUAGGUUUCUAUGUCCCUUGUAUGUUGAUAAAGUGUCCAUGUAAUUAAUGUAGCUUUUGCGAAAUAUUUCUUAAUGAUUUUGUAUUUUUUUUUUAUUAUUUCUUUAAUGUCACAUUUUAUGUAUAUUAGUCAUGAUAAUGUAUAAUUAAAACCUCUCAAUAAAUAAGUUUAUUCGGAAA